AUGACGCCCAAAGCAAUCAUCGCGCCGUCGGUGCUGAGCGCCGACUUUGCCAACUUUGGCCAUGCUUGCUCCCGCACCAUUGAGCAAGGCGCCGACUGGCUUCACGUCGACAUCAUGGACGGCCACUUUGUGCCCAACAUUACGUUUGGCGCGCCCGUCGUCGCCAAGAUUCGUGGCUUCGUCGACAGACCGACCGAGAGCCACGGCCGGGGCACCUUUGACUGCCAUAUGAUGAUCGCCGAGCCCAAGAAAUGGGUCAAGACUUUCAAGGACGUCGGCUGCGACCUCUACUGCUUCCACUACGAAGCCGCUUUCUCGACGGACGCCACCGACCCCGAACACACCUCCGAGGGCAAGACAAACCCCAAGGACCUCAUCCGCUAUAUCCACGACAACGGCAUGCUUGCCGGCAUUGCCAUUAAGCCCGACACCUCUGUCGAUGUCUUGUGGGAGCUCCUCGAGAGCCCCGAUCCCAAGGAUAAGCCCGAUAUGGUCCUCGUAAUGACAGUUCAUCCCGGAUUCGGUGGUCAGAAGUUCAUGGCCUCGGAGCUGCCCAAGGUGCAGGCCCUGCGCCAACGAUACCCGGACCUCAACAUUGAAGUCGACGGUGGGCUCGGACCCAGCACCAUCGACCAGGCCGCUGACGCGGGCGCCAAUGUCAUCGUCGCCGGCAGCGCCGUAUUUGGCGCCAAGGACCCAGCCGAGGUGAUUUCCCUGUUACGAAAAGCCGUCCAGGAUAGAAACGGAAAGCUCUAA